UAAGAAAGGGCAAGGGAGUGACAGUGACCAUAAUGCAAUCAAUCAAAUUGAACGUCCCUUGUUGUCCUGUCCUAUGUAAAAUAUAAAUAAGACGGAGCGGACCAAAACCCCCAUUCGCUCACAAACUUCGCAGCCUCCCUCCCCCCUCCCUCCCUCCCUCCCUCGAGCUUACCUGACCUGCAGGGCUAGGUGGCCAAUACAACAAGAAGAGGAUGAAGAUGGCCAAAGCCUUGAAUUUAUCACCAUCACCCUCAACAUCCACUCUUUCCCUCUCUUCUUCUUCAAAAUACUCUAAUCUCCUCAAAACCCCAACUACCCUUUCCUUCCCUUUCUCCCACCACUCCCACUCUCUCACCAUCAAAUCCUCCGCCGCCGCCGCCGCCGCCGCCACCAUCCCAACUCCCACCACUUCUGCCAACCAAUUCCGAGUAGAUAUACUAUCAGAAUCCCUACCUUACAUCCAGAAAUUCAGGGGCAAAACCAUUGUCGUCAAAUACGGCGGCGCUGCCAUGAAACAACCUGAACUCAAAGCCUCUGUUGUAAGCGACCUUGUCCUCCUCUCUUGUGUUGGUCUCCGCCCUGUUUUAGUCCACGGUGGUGGCCCAGAAAUCAACCACUGGCUAAAACUCCUCAACAUUGAGCCUCUCUUCCAUGAGGGUCUCCGCGUUACUGAUGCCAAGACUAUGGAGAUUGUUUCUAUGGUAUUGGUGGGUAAGGUUAAUAAAGACCUUGUUUCUUUGAUCAAUAAGGCUGGUGCCACCGCGGUUGGCCUUUCUGGGAUGGAUGGCCGCCUUCUUAUGGCCAAACCAACUUCCAAAUCUGCCCAGUUGGGGUUUGUUGGCGAGGUUGCACGCGUAGACCCCACUAUUUUGCAGCCUCUUGUUAAUAAUGGGCAUAUACCAGUGAUUGCAUCCGUGGCGGCGGAUGAGUUGGGCCAGUCUUAUAACAUCAAUGCUGACACUGUGGCAGGGGAGGUGGCGGCUGCAUUGGGGGCCGAGAAGCUGAUAUUGUUGACGGAUGUGGCCGGGAUACUUGAAAACAAGGAUGAUCCAGGGAGUUUGCUGAAGGAGAUUGAUAUAAAGGGAGUGAAGAAAUUGAUUGAUGAGAAGAAAGUGGCUGGUGGGAUGAUACCGAAAGUGAAUUGUUGUGUGGCAUCACUUAGUCAAGGUGUUAGAACUGCUAGUAUUAUUGAUGGAAGAGUACAACAUUCUUUGCUUCAUGAGAUUAUGUCUGAAGAAGGCAUUGGUACUAUGAUUACUGGCUAGUUUAUUUAACUGUUUUUGUUCUUGCUUGCUUGAUUACGGAAGAACAAUAACUAAAUUUUAAAGCUCUGUACUUUUUGAUACUGCUUAAUUCAAGCAAGCAAAGCCUUUCGUUGA